AUGGAUAAAACUUGGAUGCAAAAGAAUAGACGAAGCAAAGAAUAUUGGGAUGGUUUGCAAAAAUUCUUAGAUUAUGCAUUCCAGAAUUCAAGUAUAAAUGGGAUGAUAUUAUGUCCAUGUAAAGAAUGUAAGUGUGGUGUAUGUAUUACCAGGGAGAAUGCAGAACUUCAUUUGAAAGUUUAUGGUUUUGUUAAAGGAUACACCCAUUGGGCAGCUCAUGGAGAAUUUGUUUACUCUAGUGCACCAAAACCUACUUCCUAUGAUAUCUCACAUGGGGUACGGGAUGAACUUGAUGACAUGCAUGGUUUGGUUCAUGAUGCAAUGGGAAUUCCUGAACAAGAUUAUACAAGGAUAGAUGGAACUGAAUACAAAAGCCAAUUGCCCAAUGUAGAAGCUGAAAAGUUUUACAAUCUAAUUGAUAAUUCUAACAAAGAGCUUUACUCUGGAUGUAAAAGAUUCUCAAAACUUUCCUUUAUGAUUCGGCUGCUUCACCUCAAAUGCCUUGGUAAACUCAGCAACAAAAUUUUUGAUAUGUUACUUGAUUUGUUGAAAGAAGCCUUUCCAGAUGCGAUGGAUGGUUUGCCUAAGUCUUAUUAUGAAGCUGAAAAGUUAAUGAAGGAAUUAGGACUUGGGUAUGAUAAAUAUGAUGCAUGUCCGAAUGACUGCACUUUGUAUUGGGGGGUAGAUGCAAGAAGAAAGCAUUGUGAAACAUGUAAAGAAUCUAGAUGGGUUAAAUCUGAAAAUGAUCCGACUGGUGAGGGAAGAAAAAUACCGCAUAAGGUUUUAUGGCAUUUUCCCCUAAAACAUAGGUUACAACGCCUAUUUAUGUCCUCCAAAAUUGCAGGCCAUAUGAGAUGGCAUGCAGAAGGUCGUACUAAGGAUGGUAACAUGAGGCACCCUGCUGAUUCUCCAUCUUGGCAAACAUUUGACUUUCAUCAUCCAGAAUUUUCUCAAGAUUCUCGUAAUGUGAGGUUGGGCCUAGCAUCAGAUGGAUUUAACCCAUUCAAAAAUAUGAGUUCAACUCAUAGCACUUGGCCGGUAAUAUUGAUGCCAUAUAAUUUGCCGCCAUGGAUGUGUAUGAAACAACCGAACUUUAUGUUGUCAUUGUUGAUACCCGGUCCAUUUGCACCAGGAAAUAAUAUUGAUAUAUAUUUAAAACCUCUCAUAGCAGAAUUAAAGGAAUUGUGGGAUGUUGGAGUGAAUACAUAUGAUGCAUCAAGAAAAGAAAACUUUCAACUUCGUGCAGCACUUUUAUGGACCAUCAGUGACUUUCCAGGUUAUGCAAUCCUCUCCGGAUGGAGCACUAAAGGAAAACUUGCAUGUCCUGUAUGCCAUAAAUACACAUCUUCACAGCAUCUGCAAAAUUGGGGAAAAUAUUGCUAUAUGGGGCAUCGAAGGUACUUGGAAAUGAACCAUCCAUUUCGCAAAGAUGCUAAAUCUUUCAAUGGAGCUGUAGAGUAUGGAAAACCACCAGGAAGGUUAAUGGGGUCUACAAUUUUAGAUGAGUUAGCUGGUUAUAGUAUUAAACUUGGGAAGACAGUUAGUGACAAUCCAGAAUUGCCAUUUAAUUGGAAAAAAUUAAGUAUUUUCUUUGAUUUGCCCUAUUGGAAAGACAAUAUGAUACGUCAUAAUCUUGACGUUAUGCACAUUGAGAAGAACAUCUGUGAGAUCAUUGUGGCUACAUUGUUGAAUCUGGAAAAAACCAAAGAUAAUAAAAAGUCACGUCUUGACCUUCGUGAUAUGGGUAUAAGAUCAGAAUUGCAUCCCAUUGAGAAGGGAAAUGGUAGGAGUGUUCUGCCUCCAGCUUGCUUUACAAUGAAAAAGAAGGAAAAGGAGAUAUUUUGCAAAGUUUUGAAAGGGAUAAAAGUUCCAGAUGGCUACGCAGCAAAUAUUUCUAGAUGUGUUAAAGUAAAGCCACCAAAAAUUUCUGGAUUAAAAAGUCAUGAUUACCAUAUUUUGAUGCAACAACUUCUCCCAAUAGCUCUGCGCAGGACUUUAUCAAAAGCAGUUCGCUCUCCUUUGAUCAAAUUGAGCAGGUAUUUUCGCAAGUUGUGCUCCAAAGUUUUGGAUCCAGCAGAUUUAGUUCAUUUGGAAAAAGAGAUUGGUAUCAUACUUUGUCAAUUAGAAAGGAUUUUUCCACCAUCCUUUUUUAAUGUGAUGGUACAUCUAGCUGUUCAUUUGGUUAGCGAAGCAAAAAUAGGAGGGCCUGUCCAUUAUCGGUGGAUGUAUCCUAUAGAAAGGUAUUUAGGAACUUUGAAAUCCUACGUCCGAAAUAGAAGUCGACCAGAAGGCUGUAUUGCUGAAGGCCAACACCAUAAAAUGGUGGAGGAGCAAAAUCCAUGUGCUGGAAAACAUGUCAUUGAGCGUAUUCAUUGUGAGAACUUUGCAGAUUGGUUUUCGGACCAUGUUAAGCAGAUUCAAGUGGCUGAUGGUGUUGACAUCUCCAAAGAUUUGAAACUUCUGGCUAGGGGUCCAAAUAAUGUGGGGAGAACAUAUCAAAAGAUUCUUGUCAAUGGCUUUCGCUUCCAUACAAGACAAUUAGAAUCUCAGAGGAAAACUCAGAAUAGUGGGGUUCUUGUCAAUGCAACAACAUCAAGCUUUUCGAGUACUAAAGAUAAUAAUCCAAUUUUAAGUGACUUGGCUUACUAUGGUAUUUUGACGAAUAUCCUUGAGUUAAAUUACACUGAAGGCCGAACUGUCACCUUAUUUGAAUGUGAUUGGAUAUCAAAAGGCAAAAGAUUAAAGCAAGAUGAGGAUGGAUUCACAUUGGCCAACUUCAAGAAUGUAAAGCCUCACCCUGAGCCAUAUGUGAUAGCAACCCAAGUUUCACAAGUUUUUUAUGUUGAAGACCCUUUAGCUGAAGGCUGGAGUGUUGUUGUUGCUACAUCUCCUAGGAAUGAGUUUAUGAUGGACCCCGUAUGUGAUAUUGAGAUGUAUUUGCAGAGCACAAUUACCUCAACAACUCAAAUGGACAAUGAGAAUGAAGACAUUCGAUGGGUUCGAGAAGAUGAUGGAGAUGAAAUACUCCACUAG